CCAAAAACGUCAACAAAUAUUAAAACUCAUCAGUCUCUUCCUCUAUAUAUAUCUCUCUCAUCCUCAUCAUCUUUGGUCAUGGCAAAGGACUUGGAGGUGCAAGAGGGCGGAGCGACGGCGGCGAGAGAUUAUGUUGAUCCUCCUCCCGCUCCAUUGUUGGACAUGGAGGAGUUUGGGAAGUGGUCGCUCUACAGAGCGGUCAUAGCUGAGUUUGUGGCGACACUUCUCUUCCUUUACGUCUCUGUCCUCACCGUAAUCGGGUACAAAGCUCAGACCGACGCAAACGCCGGAGGAGUUGACUGCGGCGGCGUUGGAAUACUGGGGAUUGCAUGGGCUUUCGGUGGAAUGAUUUUUGUUCUCGUUUACUGUACCGCCGGUGUCUCCGGUGGUCAUAUAAAUCCGGCUGUGACGUUCGGGUUGUUCUUAGCUAGAAAAGUGUCAUUAGUGCGGACGGUGUUAUACAUUGUGGCUCAGUGCCUUGGUGCUAUCUGCGGUUGCGGUCUGGUCAAAGCAUUCCAAAGUUCUUACUACACCAGAUAUGGAGGUGGAGCCAACGAGCUAGCUGACGGCUACAACAAAGGAACCGGACUCGGUGCGGAGAUCAUCGGAACAUUUGUCCUAGUCUACACCGUUUUCUCGGCCACAGAUCCCAAGCGAAGUGCACGUGACUCUCACAUUCCAGUUUUGGCGCCACUUCCCAUUGGGUUUGCCGUCUUCAUGGUUCACGUAGCCACCAUUCCCAUCACCGGAACAGGAAUCAACCCGGCCCGUAGCUUCGGAGCCGCAGUUAUCUACAACCAAGAAAAGGCCUGGGAUGACCAAUAGAUUUUUUGGGUGGGACAAAUGAUCGGAGCAGCAGCAGCUGCGUUAUACCAUCAGUUUGUUCUAAGAGCGGCUGGUAUUAAAAGUCUUGGCUCCUUUAGGAGCUCUGCUUAACUUUAGUUGUCUGAAUUAAGAAUCUUCAAUAAAAAAUGAUGAUUACCAGCAGUAAAAGAAAGUUACAUCUAUCCCAUCUUUUUAUUUAUUUUGUGUUCUGUUUUUUUUUUUAAAUUUAAAUUUCAUGGAAUUUCCCAUUGGUUGUACAUGCGGUUUUAAUUAAUUUUGCUUUACGAUAA